AUGUUCACUGCUUCUGCUAAAAGCCGUCUCUCCACCCUGUCCAGGCAACGGCUCCCGACCAACCCUCUUCUCGCCCGCUCAACUCUCACAAUGGCUACCCGCCGCGCCGCAUCUUCAGUCCCUGAGGGAUACAAGGAGGAUCUCUCCAAGGGCAACAUGCUCCGUUUCGAAGAUUCUCUCCCUAAACUCCCCGUUCCUACCCUAGAAGAGACCAGCCGUCGUUACCUCAAGUCCGUGCACGCGGUUGUUUCCGAGUCCGAGUAUCAGCGCACCAAGAGCGCCGUUGAGGAGUUCAUCCGCCCUGGUGGCCAGGGUGAAUCUCUCCAGAAGCGUCUCUUGGCUCGUGCUGCCGACCCCAAGAUUAAGAACUGGCUCUCCGAAUGGUGGAACCAGGCCGCCUACCUGGGCUACCGUGACCCUGUGGUCCCUUACGUCUCCUACUUCUACUCCUACCGGGAUGACCGCGAGCGCCGCAACCCCGCUAAGCGUGCUGCCGCUAUUACCACUGCUGCACUCGAGUUCAAGGCCCAGGUUGAUGAUGGUUCCCUGGAACCCGAAUACCUCCGCAAGGAGCCUCAGGCCAUGAGCUCCUACGAGUACAUGUUCAACUGCUGCCGUAUCCCCGCCGAGGGCCAAGAUUUCCCCCGCAAGUACGCUGCUGCCGAGAACCAGCACAUCGUGGCUAUCCGCAAGAACCAGUUCUUCAAGAUCCCUCUCAUCGUCGACGGCCAGCAGCUCAACGUCUCCGAGUUGGAGAAGCAGUUCGAGCGCAUCUACGAGAUCGCACAGCCCGCCCGCCCGGUUGGUGUGUUGACUGCUGCCGACCGUGAUCACUGGACUGCUGCCCGCAAGACCCUCGUCGAUUAUGAUCCUUCCAACGAGGCCGCCUUGCAGGAGAUUGAGUCUGCCGGCUUCGUCGUUUGCUUGGACGAUGCCAGACCUGUCACUGCGGCCGAGCGCUGCGUGCAGUACUGGCACGGUGACGGCGCUAACCGCUGGUUCGAUAAGCCUUUGCAGUUCAUCAUCAACGACAACGGUACCGCUGGUUUCACUGGCGAGCACAGCAUGAUGGAUGGCACCCCCACCCACCGUCUGAAUGACCACGUCAACAACGUCAUCUUCAACAAGAAGAUCGAUCUUUCCGCCAAGUCUGUGCGCUCCCAGCUCGCCGACCCCAAGCCCAUCAACUUCAAGCUGAAUGAUGCCGCCAACGAGGCCAUCGACUUCGCGGCCCAGUACCACCGCAAGCAGAUCGGCGCUCACGAGCUGGUCGUCCAGGCCUACCAGGGCUACGGCAAGGGUCUGAUCAAGAAGUUCAAGUGCAGCCCCGAUGCCUUCGUCCAGAUGACCAUCCAGCUGGCCUACUUCAAGAUGUACGGCAAGAACCGCCCCACCUACGAGUCCGCUUCCACCCGUAAGUACGCCGAAGGCCGCACCGAGACCACCCGCACUGUCUCCGAUGAGAGCGUCGCCUUCUGCAAGGCCCACCAGGACCACAACACCCCCCGCGAGGAGGUCGUCAAGCUGUUCCGCGCCGCCCUCGCCCAGCACACCAAGUACACCCAGGAGGCCAGCUCCGGCCACGGUGUCGACCGUCACCUGUUCGGUCUGAAGAAGCUUCUCCAGCCCGGCGAGAAGGUGCCCGAGCUCUACCAGGAUCCCGCAUACACCUACUCCGGCUCUUGGUACCUCUCCACCUCCCAGCUGAGCUCCGAGUACUUCAACGGAUACGGAUGGAGCCAGGUCAUUGACGAUGGAUUCGGAAUUGCCUACAUGAUCAACGAAAACAGCCUUAACUUCAACAUCGUCUGCAAGCGCCUCGGUGCCGAUCGCAUGAGCCACUACCUCAACGAGGCUGCCACUGAGCUUCGUGACCUCCUCAUGCCCGACCUGGUUGCCCAGGCUGAGAAGCCGAAGCUGUAA